AUGGCCGGCGACAGUGUCAUCCCCAUUACCAGCAAGGCUGAGUUCCAGGAGAAGGUCCUCAACGCCCAGGAGCCCGUCGUCCUCGACUGCUUUGCUACGUGGUGCGGUCCCUGCAAGGCCAUCGCCCCCAAGGUUGAGGAGUUCGCCAAGGCCUACCCCCAGGCCAAGUUCUACCAGAUCGACGUCGAUGAGCUCUCCGACGUUGCCGCCGAGCUCGGUGUCCGUGCCAUGCCCACCUUCAUGCUCUUCAAGAACGGCGAGAAGGUCUCCGAUGUUGUCGGUGCGAACCCUCCCGCCCUGGAGGCUGGCAUCAAGACUUUGAUUGCGUAA